AUGACCAAGGUUGUGCCCGUGGACCGUUAUAGAAAGGUCAUCUCCCUGAUCCGCUUCUGUGUGGGUUUCUGCGGCAACGAUGUGGCCAAUCCGGAAUUUCGAAUGUGGUGGCUCACCUACUCGGUGAUAGCAGCCAUUUGCUUUUUCUUUGCCUGCACCAUUUACACCAUCUAUGUGGGUGUGGUGAUCAAUGGAGACCUCACUGUCAUCCUUCAAGCCAUGGCCAUGGUGGGAUCUGCAAUCCAGGGAUUAACUAAGCUGCUGAUUACAGCUAAUAAUGCGCCUUUGAUGAGACAUAUUCAGAAUAGUUAUGAGGAGAUAUAUCGUGACUACGGCCCUCUUGGCGGUGAGUAUGUCAAAUGCCUGGAGAACAGAAUUCGUACAACCUGGAAACUGAUUAUCGGCUUUGCUGCCGUCUAUGCUGGAAGCCUGGGCCUAAUCAUCACCUUUCCCAUCUUCUAUCUGGUGGUCUUUAAUGAGAAAGUCCUGGUCAUGCAGUUCUUUAUGCCACUGAUAGAUCACACCACCGAUAGUGGCCACAAGCUGCUAACGGCGGUGCACAUAAUCCUAAUCACUUUCGGUGGUUUUGGCAAUUAUGGCGGCGAUAUGUAUUUGUUCCUUUUCGUCACCCAUGUCCCCCUGAUCAAGGACAUUUUCUGCGUAAAGCUUAAAGAAUUCAACGAGGUGGCUGUCCAGGGAAAGGAGUAUAAAAAAAUGAGGGAGCUUCUGUUCGAUCUGGUGGAUUGGCAUCAGAAAUAUGUGAGCCUUCUUAGAGACACUGAAAGGAUCUAUAGCAUAGUCCUGUUUGUGCAGCUUUCAACGACCUGUGUGAGCCUGUUGUGCACUAUUUCCUGUAUUUUCAUCAAGGCCUGGCCCGCAGCCCCCAUGUAUCUACUGUACUCUGGCAUAGUUCUCUAUACCUUCUGUGGCCUGGGCACUGUGGUGGAGAAUUCGAACGAAUCCUUUACCAGGGUUAUCUACACCAAUUGUUUGUGGUACGAGCUGCCUGCCAAGGAGGAAAAGCUAAUUAUCUUGAUGCUGGCCAAGGCCCAGAACGAAGUCUGCUUGACAGCUGCGGAUAUGGCACCAUUAUCCAUGAAUACAGCCCUUCAACUGACCAAAGGCAUAUAUAGUUUUAGCAUGAUGCUUUUUAAUUAUUUGGGAAAAAAGGAGUAG